AGUGUUCGCGGCUGAUAAUACGUAUUAUACGAACGACCAAAUCCAGUGGGUCUGGACCGGUUGUCCCUUGCCCGGGCCGGUUAAACAUCGUCGGAGCCCUCCGUUCCUAUCUCCCAAAUGGUGCCCUUUCGUCCCCACCGGCGUCUGGCAAACCCUAAUUCCCCGAUCUCCACCGCCACUACUGCCGCCGCCGCCAUCGCUGCCGGAGACCGCCUCGCAAAUGACGAGAAAUUCGUAGCCAUUCUCAGAGGCAUCGUCCGAGGCAAGCAGAGCUGGAAGGUCGCUCUUAGCAACCCCUUCGUUGCCAAUAACUUGAGGCCACGCCACGUCGAGAAGCUCCUUCUCCAAACCCUAGACGACUCGAGGUUAGCCUUACGCUUCUUCAACUUCCUUGGCCUCCACAGGAACUUCAACCACUCCACGGCGUCAUUUUGCAUCUUGAUCCACGCCUUGGCUCAGUCCAAUCUCAUUUGGCAGGCGUCCUCGGUUCUGCAGACGUUUCUUUUUCGCCGGCCUAUUAAACCUACGCUGGUUUUUGAAGCGCUCGUGGAUUCGUAUGGAAAGUGCAAUUUUCGUUCGACCUAUGGGUUUGAUUUGUUGGUUCAGACGUGUUUGCAUCACAGAAGGGUGUUGGAUUCCGUUGUCAUUGUGAGGCUAAUGAAGGAGUCCAGAAUUUUGCCUGAAACUCGGACUUUCAGUGCUGUUUUAAACGGUUUGAUUAGAAUUAAUCAGUUUGAUAUGGUUCUGUGUUUGUUUGACGAGGUUGUGGAUAUGGGCUUGAAGCCUGAUGUUUAUACAUACACUGCAGUAGUUCAAAGUUUGUGCGAGUUGAAGAGUCUUGAUAGAGCUAAGGAAAUAAUUCAUCGAAUGGAGUCAAAUGGUUGUGAAUUGAGCGUGGUGACUUAUAAUGUGUUUAUUCGCGGUCUUUGCAAGACCCAGAGACCUUGGGAAGCUGUUGAAGUCAAGAAUUCUCUGAGUCAAAAAGGAUUGAAAGCUGAUGUUGUAACAUUUUGUACAUUAGUUUUGGGCUUAUGCACCAUUGAAGAAUUUGGAGUUGCUAAACAACUAACAGAGGAAAUGAUCAGGUUAGGGUUGAUUCCAACUAAAGAGGCCAUAUCAUGUCUGGUUGAUGGCUUGAGGAGGAAGGGGUGUGCUGUGGAUGCUUUUGAUUUACUUAAUAAGGUGGGGAAAGUUGGGGUGUCCCCUAGUGCAUUUGUUUACAAUGCAUUUAUCAAUUCUCUGUGUAAAGAUGGAAAACUAGAAGAAGUAGAGGCACUUUUUAAUAACAUGGGGAAGAAUGGUUUAUUCCCAAAUGAAAUUACCUACUCUAGUAUGAUUAAUUCAUUUAGCAAGAGAGGGCAGCUGGAUGCUGCACAUCUUUUCCUUGGUAAAAUGUCCAUGACAGGGAUUAAACCAACUGUGCAUCAUUACAAUUCUCUGAUUAGUGGUCAUUGCAAGUUGGGAAAGUGGCAAACUGCAAAGCGUCUCUUUGACGAGAUGAUUGAUAAAGGAAUGGCUCCAACUGUUGUAACAUACACCUCAUUAAUAAGUGGAUAUUGCAAGGAAGGUGAAGUGCAUCAAGCGUUUCAGGUCUAUCAUGAGAUGACUAGGAAGGGCAUUUUGCCAAAUAUUUACACCUUUGCUGCACUUAUUUAUGGUCUUUGUCGUGCAAAUAGGAUGGUUGAAGCAACUGAGUUAUUUGAUGAAAUGCAAAAUUGGAAUGUUAUCCCAAAUGUUGUCAUCUAUAAUGUUAUAAUUGAAGGUCAUUGUAGGGAAGGUAACACUGUAAGAGCUUUUGAAUUGCUUGAUGAGAUGGUGGAGAAGGGAAUUGUACCUGAUACGUAUACGUAUAGGCCUCUAAUAAGUGGGCUUUGUUCCAUUGGGAGGGUGUCUGAAGCCAAGCAGUUAAUGGAUGACCUUCAAAAGAAGCAUCAUAACUUAAACGAGAUGUGCUUUAGUGCACUUUUACAGGGUUAUUGCAAGGAAGGCAGAUUGAAGGAAGCAUUAGUUGCCUGCAGAGAGAUGAUGGCAAAUGGAGUAAAUAUGGAUCUUGUAUGUUAUGCGAUACUUAUCCAUGGAUUUCUAAGGCAUCAUGAUAUGAAAACGGUAAUAUGUCUGUUAAAGGAAAUCCAAGAUCAUGGAUUGAGGCCUGACAAUGCAAUAUACACUAGUAUGAUUGAUGCAUAUGGAAAAACAGGAGAUCUUUGCAAGGCAUUUGGAAUUUGGGAUAUAAUGGUAUGUGGAGGAUGCAUUCCAAAUGUUGUAACGUACACUGUUUUGAUAAAUGGCUUGUGUAAAGCAGGAUUUGUGGAUAAAGCUGAGAUCCUUUGCAAGGAAAUGCUGGUUAGUGACUCAGUUCCGAAUCAGAUCACAUAUGGAUGUUUUCUUGAUCAGCUUACCAAAGAAGGACGCAUGGAGAAAGCCGUACAGCUACACAAUGUGAUGCUUAGAGAUUCUCUAGCAAACACUGUGACAUACAAUAUACUCAUUCGGGGUUUCUGCAAAUUGGACAGAAUUCAGGAAGCUGCCAAGAUCCUAAUUGAAAUGGUAGAUAAUGGGAUUCAUCCGAAUUGCAUAAGCUAUUCAACAAUCAUUUAUGAGUACUGUAGAGGGGGAAAUUUAUGGCAGGCCAUCAAGCUCUGGGACUCUAUGCUGAGCAAGGGUCUGAAUCCUGAUAAGUUAGCAUAUAAUUUUUUGAUAUAUGGCUUCUGUGUUGCUGGAGAGCUCCCAAAGGCUUUUGAAUUGUGUAAUGAAAUGCUGAGAAGAGGUAUGAGGCCAAAUUGGGCUACAUAUAAUGCUCUUCUUAAUGGAUGAAGAGCAUUGCUUCUGAAAUAACAUUUUACAAUUCCCCUUGUACAGCAAAAGAAGUCUGGGUAUCAUGAACUGUGAGUUAUGGACAAACAAGACUUGCACAUGUGGCUCCUUUCCGAGCAAGUGGUAUUUUAUCCAUGUUGGAGAACAUUUUCUAUGGUCCAUUGCGAGAUAAAUGAUGUUACCUCAUGGUUGUUCUCUUCACUGUUACUACUCGGCUCCCUGAUCCUUGUUCUCUUCAUCUUUUGUUGGAAAACAGUAUAAUGAAUUUUUUGAUGGUGAGCCUUGGUAGCGACCAUAAGAUUGCUCCCUCCUGACUGAAAUGUUAUGGAUUUGAGUUGUGGAAACAUCAUUUUUGCCAAGUGGGGAGCUUGGUUUCAUUUGGAACACCCGUUUUAGAUGGUGUUACAUGAGGAAGUUUUACAAGCCAAAAGAGUAAAGGGCAGUCCUGAGCAGAGGCCUCCUCUUGCUACUGUGAGUCCAAGACGAUAGUUGAAAAGGCUUUGAAGGCUCAUAUUGAUGCAGUUGUAAUGCUACCUACCAUGUUCAUCCUCUUUGCUGCAGUUUUUGUUACAUUCUUUCUUUCAUCAGAUUGUAUUGCAGUUGGAAAGUGAAUCUGACUUUUGUUAUCCUCCAGUUUGUUUUCUUAGCGGCGUUCUCAAGAUGAGCUUUGUUGUGAACAGGGCAGCUCUAUUUGGAAAGUUUUUUAGAGUGCUUGUAAAGUUCGUUUUGUAAACUUCCAAUGCCACUUUAGUUUAUUGCAAGUAUUGAUCGGGCUGAUCAUUUGAGAUGUUUUGAGCUAGUACACUUCAACUGACCCUUUUUCUCUCUUUCUC